CAAACCCAUGGAAUGGAGGGGGAUUGAAAGAGCCCGUGCUCGUGAGUUGGAGUAAAUCGGCCAGGGCGGAGCGGAGGGAAUGUCCACCUCUCUAGCAAUGACAACAACCCCUUGAUUCAUUACUUACUACUGGGUAUCCGUAGUCCAUAAAAAUUCCCCGUAUCCCAUGCGAUGGUCUGACAGUUGUCUGACUCUGACACUUGUCACCCUCGUGGUCCUGCCAACGGUGCCAUAAAUUACCCGACUUUCGCCAGCGAAACCUACCUACCUACCUACCUACAAGAAUCGAAUGAUCACAGAACCCCCGAGCCAGCAGCCAUCAUGACCGACACCGCCAUCACGCGUCUCCAGAACCACCUGAGGUGCGAUCUCGCACGCAAGAAUCGCAUCGGACGAGCAUGCGUUCUCAAGCGCUUCUCCCAGUGGCUGUGGUCGGUAUGGAUGAUCGACAGCCCCCAGACUUCGGCGCGUCGCGUCGAAUGCACCGAUCGCACCGAACCCACGAACUAUAUAUGUUCGACCACAAAAGCCCCCGUCUAUACACUCCCUGCACCUGAACAGCCAGUCCAGGCCCCCCCGCAGCAAGACCAACCGUGCCAGCCCUGCAAGGCCUGCAAGGCCUGGGGCGUGCCGUGCGACCAAGUGCACCCCCGCUGUUCGCACUGUUUAGAGCAACAGAUCCUUUGUUUCUAUGUAGCCCCGACCCGGAAAUCCACCAGAAAGUCCACCCGAUCGACGAAACCGAGCCAAGUCGUGGAUCCAACCCCGCGAUUUGCACGAACCUUAAUCAGAGACCGAUGACUGCAUGAGGCAGCCUAAGAAAGACGUCGGUUUCCCCGCACACAACAAGAAAACGUGAGACACGCGGGGGAACAUCAACCCAAUGAUAUGGCAG